UCCACUCCAAUUGGGAAUCACUGGACCAUCCAGGUCCGGAAAUGGCCCCAUUUCAUGAGCACCAAUCUGAAGUAGCCGACGCGCUCCUUGGUUUCUUCUGCGAUCCUCUUGAGGCUUCGUGCCUCCCCAUUGACUCCCUUUUUGAUCCACCUGAUGAUCAAUUCUAUGCCGAGACCGACCCCUACUCGCUCACUUCCUUCAACCACCCCUCUCUCUCCGCUCCCUCCUUGCUCUCCAUCCCACCCGACGACCAUUGCGCACCCCGCAACGAGCUGGACCUGUACCAAUGCCCCAAGCGACCGAGGAGCUGUAGUGAUCUAUACCACCCUUCUGAUCUCAUGCUUGAGGCCAAGUCCUACAAUGGAGCAGUAGCUGCCGCGCCGACGAUGGCUCGUUUUCAGGCGCCAAGAUUCUUAUCGGAGUUCGCGGUCCCUCCGCCGGCGGUUGGCCUACUGGUGUGCAAUGCAGAGAGGAAGACGAAUGGCGGGUGCCUGUCGGCGCAGAGUGUGGCAGCGAGGGAGCGAAGAAAGAAGAUCAGUGAGAAGACUCAGGAGCUGGGGAAGCUGAUCCCUGGGGGAAACAAGAUGAACACGGCUGAGAUGUUUCAAGCUGCCUCCAAAUACGUCAAGUUCUUGCAGGCCCAAGUUGGAAUUCUCGGGCUCUUGAGCACCAUUCAGGGUUGGAAGGCAUCAUCGCAGGUGGAGCAGCAGCUUCAGGUGCUGCUUGGUUCUACAACCAUUCAAGAGAAGCUGUAUGGUGAAGGGAAGUGCAUGGUUCCAAAAGAAUUGGUGGAGGCCAUGGCUCAGGACCAUGAGAUCAAAUCAAAUCAGUUGAUAUCUAGAGAUCUUGAUCGGUUCACUGAAUCCAUGGGAUGAAUAGAUGGUUGUGGUGCAAAUUAGUUUGUAUUACUGAUUAGUAGUUAGAGUCAUUUUUUU